GGAAGUGCUGAUUCAUCUCCUGGCGAUGUCGCUGAAGACUGGGAAAAUGAUGGGGCAAGCGAGAGCAUGGAAAAGCAACUUACUGAACGGUUCAAGCAGGUCCGUAUCCUUCAAAGAGCUCAGGCCGAUAAAGAAGCGCGUAAAGAAAAGGCAGCGAAAAGCCUGGAGGAGGCCCGGUUAAAUCCGUCGUUGUUACCCACGCCAUCAGUUGUGGCUGCAGGCCCUGGAGGUGUCCCUCCCGCUCCUGUUAGGAUUUUGAGACGUCCAGAGAGCAGCGAAAAGUUACGAGAAGAAAAAAGCAAAUCGCCCGAACAGAUUCGUGUGCCCCGUUUCACCGACUUGCCUCUAGCAGCACCGCCACUCGAUGGCUCAUUGGGUGGUUCAAUCAUGAUAACCUCCAUGGGCAAUAUUGCUCCGUCCGCCAUGCCUCCUAUGCAGUCAAAGCAACAGACAUCACAACAGAAGCCGGUCUCACUACUAGCAAUGUCCAGCCCACCGGUAGGACUGCCUAUUCAGCAGCCGAAUGCCAUUGGUCAGCAAGUUGAUGUGAAUGGUCAACAGCAACCGUGCAUGGUCACUCAACCGCCUCCGUCACAACAAGCGAUGAAUGCAUAUCCACAUUAUGUGAUCGCACAGUCUCAACAGCCCAUACCAUACGCUAUGACCUUAGGAGGAAAGCAGACGAUGGUUCCGCCGUACAUUGAUACAACUCGUCCACCUCCGGCGAUGGCUAUCCCAUCCAUGGCUGUAAAUCCUCAGAUGCAAAUGCCUGCAGGGGGUAUGCCCGUAGCUCCUCCUCCAGGGAUAAGACAAAGUUACUACAACCCUCAGGGUGUGGUACCCAAUCCUGCUCAAUUUCAAAUACGCCACGGCUUGUCUCAACAGCAGCAACAAUCUGGUUUAACGUAUGGGCCUAAUGUCAUGUCAAUAUAUCCACCCGGAACUUUGACAGCGGCUAUGCGUGGUACAGUCGAAUCAAGUUGCAACGCUCCGGUGGUAGUUAGCAGUGUUUCGCACUCACGGAAAGGAAGGAGAAGCCGGAAUAAGCGGGAAAAUCAGUGA